CUGUUCCACAGGCUGGAGGAAGUCCCUCUGGAGGUGCUGAGGCAGAGGGAGUCCAAGUGGCUGGAUAUGCUCAACAACUGGGACAAAUGGAUGGCCAAGAAGCACAAAAAGAUCCGUCUGCGGUGCCAGAAGGGCAUCCCGCCUUCUCUGCGGGGCCGUGCUUGGCAGUACCUAUCGGGAGGCAAGGUGAAGCUGCAGCAGAAUCCUGGAAAGUUUGACGAGCUGGACAUGUCACCCGGGGACCCCAAGUGGCUGGACGUGAUUGAGCGUGACCUGCACCGCCAGUUUCCUUUCCACGAGAUGUUUGUGUCCCGGGGGGGCCAUGGCCAGCAGGACCUAUUCCGGGUGCUGAAGGCCUACACGCUACACCGGCCUGAAGAAGGCUACUGUCAGGCACAGGCGCCCAUUGCUGCCGUUCUGCUCAUGCACAUGCCUGCUGAGCAAGCCUUCUGGUGCCUCGUACAGAUCUGUGAGAAGUACCUGCCCGGCUACUACAGCGAGAAACUGGAGGCCAUCCAGCUGGACGGGGAGAUUCUCUUCUCGCUGCUGCAGAAGGUGUCACCCGUGGCCCACAAGCACCUCAGCCGGCAGAAGAUCGACCCGCUGCUCUACAUGACCGAGUGGUUCAUGUGCGCCUUCGCCCGCACCCUGCCCUGGAGCUCCGUGCUGCGCGUCUGGGACAUGUUCUUCUGUGAAGGUGUCAAGAUCAUCUUCCGGGUGGGGCUGGUGCUGCUGAAGCACGCGCUGGGCUCCCCCGAGAAGCUCAGAGCCUGCCAGGGCCAGUACGAGACCAUCGAGCGGCUGCGGGGCCUCAGCCCCAAGGUCAUGCAGGAGGCCUUCCUGGUCCAGGAGGUGGUGGAGCUGCCCGUGACAGAGCGCCAGAUCGAGCGCGAGCACCUCAUCCAGCUGCGGCGUUGGCAGGAGACCCGGGGUGAGCCACAGUGCCGCUCCCCGCCCCGACUACACGGCGCCAAGGCCAUCCUAGAGGCGGAGCCGGGUCCCCGGCCAGCCCUGAAACCUUCACCAUCCAUUCGCCUCUCCCCAGACGCCCCCGUUCCUGGCUCCCAAGACAAGCCCAAGCCACCUAAGCAGGUCCAGAAGGAGCAGCAGAAGCAGGCCAAGGCAAGUGGGCAGCUGGACCAGGCCCCAGCCAUGGGCCAAGCCGAGGCGGUGGCUGCUGCCGGAGAUGCAUGCCCCCCACAGGACUUGCCCCCAAAGGACCUGGCCCCACAGGACUCAGCCCACCACCGCUCCCAGGAAAGUCUGACGUCCCAGGAGAGUGAAGACACUUACUUGUAA